AUGGCCCUGAUGGAUUCUCUAGAACAACUCAGACAAUUUCAGGACAUAGUUUGCACAAGGUACCUGACAGACAACGCGACCCUGCAGAUACUAGAGCAAGCAGAUCCAGCAGCAUCAAGUAGACUAGCCGAUGCCAACCGCACGAAUGAAAUUGUAGCCACAACAGAACAAAGAGAAAGGAGAAAAAGAAAGAAAGAAGAAGAAGACGAAGAGAGGAAGAGAAGAACAAAAUCAAGGGACGUGGGCAUUGACAAGAAGAAGAUAAAGCGGCAAAAACAGGAACGUACCAAUAGCACGCCAGGCCAAGAUGAACUCCAACGGCAGGAUGGUGUCAACAACCCCAAAAACAAGAAUGAACGCAACAAACAAAGCAACCUCACAACAGACAGUGCUACAACAACAACUACCCCAACACAAGCACAAGAUACGAUCGACGUCAGAACCAGUGAAGAGGCUCAGCUGGAGAACAAUCAAGUCAGCAGUCCCGUCAACCAAAUGCAAGAGGUUGACCCACAAUCAACCGUUAGUAUAACAAACAACAAAGAAGAAGAAAACAACGAAGAGGAGAUCACCAUCACGAGUACAAAGGAGAAAGCCCAAGACAUCCCAGCCGAUGAGAAACUAGAGACUGUUAUAUCUGACAAAGAAAUAGUCGAUGCAGGCACGAAUAACCCAGUCAUCAACACAGAGGAAAAAAACGAGUACGUUGAUCUCGAAGAUCAAGAAACAGCACAACCAAAGGAAACUGGAAAACACGCAGAACUUCAAACAACAACAUCUGAAGAGGAAGAGGAAGCAAGCGAAAGCACUGGCAUAGACAUUGAACAAGAAAAACAAGAGGACAACAUGAGACAAGGAGAAGCCGCACAAGAAGCUCAAGAGAGCACCAACAAUCAAGACCAUCAAACACAACCAGAGGAGCCCAAUGAACAACCCGAACAUGUUCUUCAAACGCUACAAGACAAAAACGACGGCAGCGGCGAUGAACUCCAAAAGAAAGAACAAGAAGAUGCCCAAAAACCUCCACUCAACGAAGAACAAGCACAACAAUCAGUAGCAGCAACGAGAACAGAAGCAGCAACCACUGAGGAGAGUUGCAAGACAAAAACCAUGACAGUGACGAUGAACACCAAAAGAAAGAACAAGAGGAUUCCCAAGAAACCACACUCAACGAAGAACGGGUGGAACAGCACAAUGGAGAAAGGGGGCAAAGAUAGUGAUUCCGUCAACAAAGCCAUCGAAGACCUGUACAACGCUGUAUGCAAGCCAUGGACAAAGAGAGAAAUGGAUGAGCUUUUCAUUACAACGGACAAGUUUGAUGUCAAUCUAGGCCAUGUCGCCGAAAGCUUCAAGUUCCUUCUACCAUGCACAAUAGAAUUCUUCAACAAUGUAACCAGCAAAUUAAUUAAAAUCUGGAAGCACAUAAGCACAGAGCUACAGCUUUCAGAAAAAAGCAUCGACCAUUUCAAAAAGGUCAAACUGCAGGUGCCACUUCAAGGAGAAGACAUCAGCCACGCUGUCGCCCAAGAAUCUUGCAUAGACCACGAAGAAAAUGAUCCGCCAAUAAAACCAGAUCAACCACCACCAGACGACAAGAUACCACACCAUGCUGAAAAGGAAACGGACGAGCAAAAUAUCAACAGCAAUAUCCCGAGCACAGAGCAACUGGAACAAACAGGCACUGAUUUAAAAGAGGAUGACAGAAGCAACGACGUACCAAAUACACAACAACAGGUUUUCGAGCAGAAGAAACAGCCUGUUCUUCUUCAAGAAAAAACAGGCUCGACAAGCAAUCAGCAAGGCACCUCCAGCACCAUCUCUUUAGACUUCCUAAAACCAAAAACAAUGGAAAAGCAUGAAGAAGUUGAUGAAUUUCUUUCAAGCCUUAACCCGCCCCAACUAGACGAAUACAACGAAUAUGUAAAGGUGGGCUUUGAGUUCAAUGUAAUCAAAACAUGGCUCAAUGACUAUGAAAGCUAUGAAUUCAACAAAGAUGCCAAGCCAUAUCUGAGAAUCUUGCAGCAAGAAUCAGGAGAACAUUCGAUGCCUCAAUCAUCUGAGAACAGCUCAGACAAGAAAAUCUCGGUCAAGCAGAGGCCGAUCGUGCUCGGUGUUAAAACUGGAGAAGAAGAAGGACUAGCAGAAUUCAAUGAGGAGGAAGCAUUGAAACAGUUUGCACCCCUUGUAACAGGGAAGGAACUUUUAAAGAAAAAGCUGUUUAUGAUACCUCACAACACAGCUAAACACUUCACACUGUACGUGCUCAACAAGUACACGAGCUCCAUCGACAUACUUGACUCACUGAAUUACAGACACGGAGGAGGAAAAAAUACAUGGAAACACACCAUAAGGAUCACCGAGAACUGGCGCAUCCGUAGGGACAGUGAAAGCACGCAACUUACUGGAGCCCAACUGAAGGCAAUAUUUGGUCCAAGACCAGCACAGACGAACAUACCACAUCACAUGGAAAAGAGGGUGCUCGAUGACAUAGCAGAAAUCUGGGAAAGCAGACAAGAUUCAAAAGAGAGUGACAGAGUAAUAUUAGGCCCAAACUUUGCAGAGCAUAUACUGAAAUUAUAUAAAGACAAAACUACUGUUGCAAAAUUUAAAAGUGAAUUGCAAAAAACAAAGAAUCAGCUCGUUCCCAUGUAUCUCAAAGAAAAUCAACGAAAAAAGCUCUCAACAGCAAACAUGAUAUUCAUUUCAAUGGAGAAGCAUGACAGCUACGUACUAUAUGUGCUGGACAAAUACAAACACAAAGUCCACAUUAUUGAUCCUCGAGAAGCGACUCCAGAGGAAUUUGAGAAAGAAAAGAUAGACGUGGAUAAAUUGGAUCCAAAUGAAGCAUGUCGAGUUCUUCAGGAACAUGAAGACGCUCAAAAAGAAAGAGAAAGACAGUUUCAGGAAUAUCACGCUCAUAAGUUGGCAAUCGUAUCUAGGAUUAAAGAAGUCUUCAACACCAUACUUGAACAAACAAUUAAUCCAAACAAAACAAGAUGGCAGAUUCAUACCAUGCAAGAUGUUCCAGUGGUGGAAAAGGGCGAAUCACCAUUUGCUGUUUUAAAGCUUGCAUUCCUCUACAAUGGUGAAAAGUUCGUCGAGGACCUGGAAGAUUUGACAGAUGAGGUCGAAGACUGGAGGGCAGAGGCAAUGUACAUUCUCUUAAGUAGCGAGAUGAAUCAAGUCAAAGCUAGUGAAAUGGGUAACGAGAUAAGCAAGAUCUUCAACAAGAAUGAAGACUAA